AUGCGCUUAGACAAUCGUGCAAUAUGUAACAUCAGGUCACCGCCUUCGUUAGCUUCAACAAGGGAAUCCUUAAUUAUUGAAAAUAAAGAAAACUCAUAUUUGUGGCCGAUAGUCAAAGACGUUAGCGCCAAUUACAUUUUUACUACAAACCGAUUUGAUGUUGAUUGGAAUAAAAAAAAUGACAAGACAAUAUUUAGUCUAUUGAAUAGUUUGAGUUUUUGCACUAAAAUUGGAUUGGCUGAGAUAGUCAAUACGAUAUCAAAAAAAGCUAAUGUAAAAUUUCCAAGGACCUACAACAUUUCAGACACAAAGACUAUGGAUUUUUUUAUAAAAGAUUUUAAAUUAACAGCUUUGUUUGGUUCUUUGAAGAUCAUCCUUAGUUCAAAAUAUUCACAAAACUCCAUAUUUAGUCGAAACGGAACUAUUCCAUACGAGAUGAUCGACUUCAUUGAACAGCGUUGCUGGGAAUUCGUGCACGCUUAUCAAACUCAAGAAGAAAGCGAUAUGCUGUGGUUUACAAUAUCAUUUGAAGAUGGCUGGACAAAAUUUAUGGUUUGGUAUCAGAAAAUUGUAGAAGGAAUCGCUACUAUUUGUGUUGGUAACCCGUUUCAAAUAAAUGAUAUUUAUGAGCGACUUGAUGCUUUGGAACGUAAAAUUAAGACAUUUUGUCCACAAUUUUUCAUCGACGGCGAUACAAAUCUGUGGAUUAUAAAACCAUCUAAUUGUUGUUCCGGUAUAGGAAUAAUAUUGGAGAGACGUUUAAAAAAUAUUUUGAAAACUAUUAAAGAUACUAACAGUUUCAAUAAAUCAUACAUUAUACAGAAAUAUAUAGAAAGGCCAUUGCUUAUAUCUAAAGUCAAAGUGGAUUUGAGACAAUACUUUUUAGUUACAAACACGAAUCCCAUACAAAUAUGGAUGUACAAGGAAGGAUAUGUACGAUUUUGUUCCAAGAAGUUUACAAUUCAAGAUUUAGGAGAAGAGAUUCAUCUCAGCAAUGUCAGAGUUCAAUCAAUGAAUAGAAAAUAUAGAAUAGCCGGUGUACCGGAGGAAUGUAUGUGGGACUAUAAGCAAUUUAAAGAAUAUCUGAAAUCAAUUAAGAAAGGCGACAAGUGGGAUACAUCAAUAUAUCCUACAAUCUGUGAAACAUUAUCGACAGUCGUCAUAGAGUCUUUUAGGACAGCACAGGACAGCAGGAAAGCGUUUGGUUUUCAAUUGUUUGGGGCAGAUUUCAUGUUAACAGAAAAUUUAGAACCAUGGUUAAUAGAAAUUAAUAGCAGUCCUGGCUUGAAUCCAACUACGAGUAUCAUUGCAAGAAUUGCAUCGGCGUUAUUAACAGAUAUCAUCAAAGUUACGGUGGAUUUCCCACUUAAUUCAAAUGCAGAUACUGGACUUUUCGAGAACAUUUACACUGACAAACUUGUGAAACAUUGUAACACGGAGAAAAACAUUACAAAAGAAUAUUAUUACCACCAGUCGCCCCAAAAAACAAAACAAUUAAAUAAACAAAGCCACAAAGACACUGAACAGAAGAAAAAGAAAAUUGCGAGAUAAAUACUUUAAUAUGUAGGUAAGAGAUUAUCAAUUUAUUUAAAUUUUAAAAUGUUUUAAAAUGUCAU